AUGGGUCACCAAAUCACUGCCGUCGAUAAUCAUAAACCAUUCUUAGAAACACUAACUGCACAAGCCAAACAAGAAGGUAUUUUGGAUCGUAUUCAUGUACAAUUGGGAGAUAUGUUCAGCCUCGAAAAAAUACUUCCUACAAACACUUUUGAUGUGAUUUGGUCGGAAGGAUCGAUUUACAUUAUUGGCUUUAAACGUGGUCUCACUGAAUGGAAACACUUCUUAAAAUCCAGCUAUCUGGUGUGUUCCGAAGUAUCUUGGCUCUCGUCCAGUCCACCAUCAGAAGCUCAAGAAUUUUGGUCUAGAAAUUAUCCCGGGAUGCUCUCACGAGAAGCAAAUAUUGAUCUUAUCAAACAAUGUGGAUAUGAAUUAGUCAACAGUUUUGUGGUACCCGAAAGUGCUUGGGAGGAAUAUCAUAGACCGAUGGAAAAGAAAAUUGAGGAGUUGAGAGGGAAAUAUGAAGGUUUUUUUUCUGACCUGUAG